AUGACUCUUGCUUCUAGCUUGGUGAAAAUCUUACCACAAAAAUUUAUUGGUCUCAUACCUCUUUAUAUUGGGGUUGAAUUGAUUUUGGGGGUAGCCAUUCUUAAUAAGGCCGGUGGUAUUUAUGGUGUUUUAUCUUUAUUCACUGGUCAUCCAAUCAACUUUUGGCAAUGGCUUUAUAAUUUUUUAAAUAUUUUAGUAUUACCAUUUUAUAUCUCAGGGAUGCUUAACUUGAAAAACAGAGCAAAUAAUGCUAGAAAACUCUCCUUAACAUGUUUGGUUUAUAUUAUAGAUACAGUUGUUGGAGUCUUAUAUACUAUCUAUUUCAUUUAUUUUUGGUUUAGCCGUGAAGACAACAAUCCUACCGCUGUACCAGGAUACUCUAGUGGUACCAAAGUUGAAUCUGCAAUCGAUACCGCCAUCAAAGGGGCAGCAGUUGAAAAGAGAGAUAAAGCGGCCAGCGCAUUAUCGUCCCAAUCUGCUUCGCCUGGAAGAGAAUUAUUCCUUACCGUAAGUACCAUAUUAGUUGUCACCACCAUUAGAUUUUACUCAACUUUGGUUGUCUUGGCCUUCACCAAAGCUCUACUCAAACAAGACGCAAAUGCUCAAAGGUACGAUAGUACCACCGAUACCGAAGUCGAAGAGCUUUUAAAAUCCAAUAAGACCUUGAAAACAAAAAUUAAGUUAUACAUAUAUGAUUUAGAAAUUAAAUCAAAAGAAAUCUUACGUGAUUACUUUCUUUGA